GGGGGAGGCGGUAACCAGCAGGCAACAGUGUGACUCGAGACGUGGUGCGGGGAGGGUGUGCGCGCGUGAGCUCCGGCCCGCCUCUUGACCUCACAUUGAAGGCAGGAUUACGUGACCUCACACCAAGCCUACAGACCCAAGAAAAUGUGACGAUAGAUACAAGAAUUUUAGCUACUCCAAAUUAUCAGGUGGCGGCGGCGGCGGACAUGGGGACGCGGGGAGGAGGGGGAGGGGGGGACGUGCUCGCCCCCCGCAGACCGUGCCCCCCCACCCGACAGGGCCCGGACACGAAGGGCGUGGUGGAAGAGGGGCGUGGGCGGCCCGCCUCCAAGGUGUCCAAGAUCGCGGGCAUGUUCCAGGCCGGCGGCGGCGGGGAGGAGGGCUGCGGCGGCGGUGGGGCGGGGGAGGGCGGCGCCCCUAGCGGCCCCUCGGCGGCCACGGUGGUGCGCACGGAGUCCCACCUGGCGCGCUUCAACACCGCCCGCGCCCUCUUUGAGAAGAUGGGCCAGGGGGACGCGCGCCCACAGCGCACCCGCACCGCCGCCCCCGCCACCGCCAGCCUCACCAACAAGGCGCCGCCAAGCCCCGCCCGCCCCGCCGCCAACGGCCACGCCCACCACGACGACGGCUCGCGGGGCGGCCUGGCGGGCCUGGGCGGGCUGAGGCGGCCCGGCUCGGCCUCCAGCCGCUCCCUCUCGGCCUCCAGCACCGACAGCGACCCGCCGGGCCGCCGCUGGCCGCCCUCCGCCCGCGCCGCCGACCCCGCCGACCCCAGCAGGCCAGCCGAGCAGCCCGACGCGCGCCGCUGGCCGCCGCACCGCGCCGCGGACCCGCCGCAUCGCGCCGCGGACCCACCGCGCACCAACGGGGAGGGCACGGGCGUGAGGCGAUCGUCGCGGCCCGAGAAGCCCGCCAAGCCCGACACCCUGGCCGACCGCCGGGCGGCGGCGGCGAGCCACGACGCGCACCAGGAGCUGCUGGCGCGGCACAAGAACUGGUUCCAGUCCUUCGCCAAGAACCGCCCAUCGGGGCCCGGCAGACCCCCCUCCCCGGGCAAGGCCGACCCCCGCCCCGCCUCUCCCACCCAGGGCGAGGCCACCUGGGGAGCCGCGGCCCGACGACUGCCGCGCCGCCCUCAACACCACCGCCAGGACCGACCUCAGACACACCUUCACCCACAGCCCUCACCCCAGAGCCUCGUCUCAACGGCACCUCCCCUCAGGCUCCGCGGUGACAGCCUUGACAGCAGCAGCGGCGGCGGCGGGGACUGGCGGAGGGAGCGAGCGGCGAUUCUCUUAGGUGAGUGUGGCUGGCUGUCUAGUGUGGGUCGGGCUGUCUAA